CCUUUGCAUGCAGUGUAAUGACCUUUGACAUCCACAUGUGCACGCACGAACAAAUUUCUUUCGGUUUCUUCUUGUGAAUUCCUUCCAUAAAACCCUCAAAAUGAAGAAAACCGCUGCUCCCAAUGUAUCGGAAGAACCCAAUUCCUUCGUACAAGUGUGCCAGGGGUUUUCGGUGAGCGGUUUUACCGCCGUGCCGGUGAAAUUCAGCUCCGGGUGCCAGGCGUGCCAGCUGCUGUACUUGAAGCCGCACCAAGUCCGUGGGACAGACGAUAACAAACCUGCAGGAAGAACUCUGUUUGUACUAAACGUACCGCCUUACUGUACCAAGGACUGUCUACACAGACUCUUCUCAAGAUGUGGGAUGGUGGAGGCCGUCCAUUUCUGCGAGCGCCCGGGAGGACAGGUCUACGCAGACGACCCGAGCACAUUCUUCCCAACAUCGCAGGAAAUCCGAACAUUUAAGGUCGCGUACGUCGUGUUUGAGAAGCCGGCGGGGUUGAAGAAAGCCGCGGGGCUGAAGCUGUCCGAACCGUUCGUGUUGUCAACCAGAGAUCAGCCUGUUGUCACCGGUAUGAAGAAAUGGUGCCAGAAGUACACACAGGACAGGCCUGAUGUGGAACAGUUACAGAGUGAGCUGGACAGUUACAUGGCGGACUAUGACAAGCGUAAACAGGAGGAGCUGGAGAGAGAGAAGUCCCGCGGGGAGGAACCAGACGAGGAAGGAUGGAUAACGGUUACCCGUCAUGGCCGAACCCCCGGCGCGCCGCGUACAGAAGCCAUGGAGAAAAAAGCGCUGAAACGGGAGAAGAAGAAACGGUCGCGGCGCGAGCUGAUGAACUUCUACACGUUCCAGAUCCGAGAGUCCAAACGGGAACACAUCGCACAGCUCAGGAGAAAGUUUGAAGAAGACAAGGACAAGAUAGCCACAAUGAAGGCAAACAGGAGGUUUAGACCAUACUAGUUGUUCAAAUACUGUGGAUCGUUAAAUAUUUCCAGCUAUUUAAUGUUCUUACCAUGUCACUGCUAUCUCAUCGCACAGCUCAGGAGAACCUUUGAAGAAGACAAGGACAAGAUAGCAACAAUGAAGGCAAACAGGAGGUUUAGACCAUACUAGCUGUUCAAAUACUGUGGAUCGUUAAAUAUUUCCAGCUAUUUAAUGUUCUUACCAUGUCACUGCUAUCUCAUCGCACAGCUCAGGAGAACCUUUGAAGAAGACAAGGACAAGAUAGCAACAAUGAAGGCAAACAGGAGGUUUAGACCAUACUAGCUGUUCAAAUACUGUGGAUCGUUAAAUAUUUCCAGCUAUUUUAUGUUCAUGGUGUCACUACAAACUCAUCGCACUGGUAACACAUGCCCUUACAUUUCUUACUAUGGUUCAAAGGAGAAAGUAAACACUAUAGGAAUGGCACUUUUACCAUCCUGCUGCCAAAAUAAGUCCCUGCAAGUUAAAUCAAUUUGUAAUCUCUUCAGAUCGUAUGUACCUGAAAAAACUGUGUUUUGUCUUUUUGUUACUAUCAUAAUUGCUACGUGUACACUUAAUUUCAAAAUACAUCAGUGGAAAAGGACAACUGAAAAUUUGUCAAACAGUGAGCUUCACAUAAGUAUAUCUUCUAAAGCUAGAAGUUUUGACAAAUAAAAAGACAGACG